UAAACAGAAACAUCAAAAUCGGUACACUUAAAAAAAGUUCUGGAGUAACACAUAAAAGAUACAAUCGAAUUGUGAACCUCCUUUUUUAAUAUGUUAAAAAUAGUAAUUGUACUCUUGGCUUAAACUAGAACUACUCAGGACGAAGUAAAAUAAAUAUCAACCGCAGAAACAUAAAAAGACCCUCCAGAUUGGACGUUGAAUUUUAUAGAGACCCAAGGAGGCAUAAUGUGAGAUAAGGGGAAGAAGACUCUUGGUAAAUUAAGGUACACGAUUGGAGAAUACAGGGACAUUUCGUAACAAGGCCACGUUUCAUUUUAGACCAUUCACUCGGCAGAUUACUUAUUAUAAUCACGUAUUUAAUUCUUAAUGCGUCGUAUAGUAAACUAAGAGCAAAUUUUAAAAUUCUUAUUUUUUCAGACUGUACUACAGACGUGGCAGUGACCUGCAAUAACCAUUCAAUCCUAAAAUCUUUUAUUACUUAUUGUAGCUUGCUUUGAAUUAAUAAAAUAAAGUAAAGCUACCAUGAUAAUGACAAGGUCGUUUUACGUUGUGAAAAUAAUGUGAAACAUCUUGGUAUUGUUGAUGCAGUAAUUACUGGUAGAUUAGAUAUAAUUAAAUGAUGAUAGUAGCCUACUGUGUCUAGCACAACGUCUGUUUCCUUGGUAGUUUAUUUUAAAUGUAUGUGGAUAUCAGACAACGUGUACCAUUAUUAUACUUCAUGAUUUUGUUUGUUUUUUCCUACUGAUAGUUGGAAUUAUGGUAACCUUAAUAACAAUUUGCACAAAGAAAGAGGGCGGUCGCGAGGAGGAGCCGACCAACGCGCCGGAAGCUACACCGGCACCGGGUAUGCGCACCGAACACACUUGCUGUUGCCUCGGCGUGUUGGUGGGCAUCUCGCUCAUAGCCGCCCUCGUAGCAGUAAUACUGAUGAAGGAUACUACGGUAGAAGUCACAAUACUUCGACAGGUACAUGUGUUGAUGUCUCAUGGCGAGAGGACUCCAAGUGAACGCGAACUCGAAAUGUUAGGAACAAGUCCUCCAGAGCAUGUGUUUUCACCUUACGGCGCUGGUGCUAUGACAAAUGAAGGAAAAAUGUUGACUUUCGAAAUGGGCGCAUUACUUAGAAAGAGAUAUAACGAUUUCUUAGGACCACUUUACGACGCAGAAAGCAGUAUCGUUAUAGCCUCAGAUACAAAUUUAAGUAAGAUGACAGCUCUGCUGAUAUCGGCUGGAUUGUGGCCGCCGCCGGAAGAGCAGCUCUGGAAUGACACAAUCGUGUGGCAGCCGGUACCUUACAAAUAUCCGCCACAAAGCAAUGAUUUUCUUCUGUACGAAAAAAAUUGUCCACGUUAUAAACAAGAAAAAGGAAGAAUAUUGAAUGCGUUCGUCGAUGAAGGCGUGCUGGUGCCGUAUCGGGAUCUGUUUCAUAAAAUUGCGCAAAUGACGAACACGAAUUUUAGCACACCACAAGAGGCUUAUUUCUUAAACAACUUAUUUCUUAUACAGGACGAUAUCAAAGUGGCAAAUCCGAAAUGGGCAAAACACGUUAAAAGGAAAUUGAUGGACAUCGCCCGUCUUGAAUACUCAAUGAUGUUUCACAACAAUCUUUUAAGGAAAUUGAGUGGCGGGGCUUUAUUACAUCAAAUAAUAAAGGAAGCCGUUUCGAACGCAUUGGGAGCAUCGCGGUUACGCAUGAUCGUACGCACGGGCACGCCCGUAUCCGUGGCAGCCGUGCUGGCGGCGUGCGUGGCGCCGCCGCCGCGUCUCCCCGACCCCGGGGCCGCGUUACUAUUCGAACUACACGAACGACAACCGAAUAAAGGAAAAAACGAACCAUCACUCAACGACGAGCAACGUUUCGGAUUUAAGAUCUAUUACUGGGACGAUGAUUCAGCUGAACCUCGUCUCAUGGAAGUGCCCAAUUGCAAUUCCUUCUGCACGAUUGAACAAUUCAAAGAGUUAACGAAAUACAUAAUUGCCCAUAAUUAUGAAGAAGACUGUAAGCUCGUUGCGGAACAAACCAAUUGAGUUACGUUGUAAAGCAUUCGAUUUAGUGACACCUUAGAGACAUUCUCACAACACGUAUCCAUUAAAAUAAACGUGAAACAUUUAAUUUAUCUUUAUUAGCGCUAAAUAUUAAUGUGUGUUAAAAUUUAAUGUGUGUAGAUACGUAAGUAAUCAAAUUAUUUAUGUACAGUUUGUCAUUGGUGUUAGUAAUGUUUGAUAAAUAUGGCUUUACGAAAAUGCUUGCUUACCUUAGAUUUCCUAUUUUGAAUUAUUUAGCUAAAUUAUAGUUUAUUCCAAUUUUAUUAUCGGUUGUUAGCUUUUUUUUUUUAACUACCUUAGUUCGAACAACACUGUAACUAUUCUAAAUUAGACUGGCCGUGGACGUUAUUAUAAACCUUAUUUUAACACAAUUAAAAUUAGUAUUCGUGUACAAAU